AAGUACAUUGUACGUUGUACGGGAAUUACUCAUUACUGAACUAUUAUUAUUAUAUUUAAAUAUUAUACUUUCGCGAUUUCGCAUACAUUAAUUAUAUUUUGUUCGUUGUUAAAUUAGUUUUUAUAGUUUUUAUAUUUUCUUACUUAUUUACAGUUAUUAUCGUUGUUGAUUUUUAAUGUUAAAUUUUUAUCAGAAUUCAGAAGUAGUAGUUGCAUAAAAACUGCACAAUUUCUACUUGUUAUGCCCAAUUUUUUAGUUGAGAUCAUAGAUCAUCAGCUAUAGCUUUAAAUUUAAUAGACUGUGUUUAUCUAAAAUACAAUUAUUAAUAGAUUAUGUCAAAUUCAAAAUAAGGUACACAAAGUGCAAGUCAAAACAAAAUGAAUAAUGCUUUACUUCCCGAUAACCUGGAAAUAAAUUACAGAAACAAUCAUUAUAAACAUGCUCAAGAUGUAUUAAACAGUAUUAUUUGGUGCUCUAUUUGUAAUUCAGACUUGAAACAGAAUAUCAUCAUGAAUAAAAAAAUUAUGCUUCAUAAAAAGUUUUUAUGUCUUUGUUGUAAAAAUUGUUUUGAAAAAUUAUCAGAUUCAAAAAAUGGAUGUAUAUUGUGCUCGUUCAAAACCAAACUUAAAACGUGCAAGACAUGUAAAAGCUAUAUGUGCAAGAGAUGUGUGGACAAUUACUACAUUAAGACAAAACGUUUAAAAAAAUUAAAACAUUGUUUAGGAUGCUCUUCAAGUGUUUUAUGGAGUUUAAGAUCUCAAGCAGUUGCAGUCUUAAAAUGUUUUUCACUGGAACUCGGUACUAGGCUUUUAUUAAAUGGCGAAGAAUCUGUGAACACCCAACAUUUACGUGAAUUCAUGAUAAAUUCAGCAACAUGUAAUGAAAAUUUAGCUCAAGAAGAUAUUCAUCAAAUUAGAAUCUUUAAUUUAAGUAACUUAUUAAAUUCAAAAAUUGGAGCAUUGUUAAAUGGAUAUCAGAACUUACAAACAGAAAAUAUUGAACAAUGCCUAAUAAGCUUUACUGAAUUAUGUGAAAAAAUAUUAGUUAACACUUGUUCACUUUUAUCAGAUUCUCAAUGUUUGUUCAAUGAUAAAAUUAUUGAAUCAUUAAAUAAUAAAAUUAAAUCAAUAUUGAUUAAUGGUUUAUUGUUAAAAACUACUGAAAAUGAUUCAAAUAUAUUCUCUCAAGAUUCCCAUAAUACAGAUAAUUUAGUGGAACACGCAAAAAAUAGAUUACAACAAGAAUGCAGUGUUUCAUUAGAAAAAACGGACAAAAAUAUUGAAGACCAAUAUUUUUUAAAGAAGGAAUAUAAUGAAUCCACUAGUAAAAAUACUAAUAAAGGUCCAUUGAAUUAUAAAAAUGAAUUAGUGGAAACACAAACCAAUCAACAAGAAACUAAUUUAAAUCACACAUGUUCUAUAAAUUCAAAUUAUGUAUCUCAAAUUUCACUAAAAGAUCUAAAACAAUGUACAGUACAGUUGGUAAGACUUGAUGAAAAAACUAUAAAACACUGUAUUGGCCAGUCAUCUAAAGAUAAGAUAGAUAGUAAAGCAGUCAACCAUGAAAGAAACAUAGAAGAUUCUAGUAAAACAAUUGAUUUGCCUAAUAAUAGGAUAUGUUGGAGUCCUAUACUAAAAUUAAAAAAAAUUGAUAUGGACAUUAAUUAUUGUGCUAGUAAUAAGCCCAACAGUAAAGCAGUCAACAAUAACAUUGAGCAUAACCCAGAAAUAUAUACUGGGGACAAAAUUAAAUUGUCUUCCGAGGAAAAAAUUCUUGAAAUUGUUAAUCCUAAAGAAUGUAUUGUAUUAGAAACAUUAAGUAUAGGUAUUACAGAAAAUGUUGAUCACAAUAAACAGACAACCAAGAAAAAAACUGAAAAUAAAACCAAAACCAAAAUGAAAAGCUCUUCAGAUUUUGAAGACAGUGAUGAUCAAGAAGGAAAAAAAGAUAUCGCUUUGGUGAGAAUUGAACCACCAAUUUUUGUAAACUCGGCGCCACUGAUUAUAAUUAUUAAAACAAUAUUCCUAUUGUAG